AUGUCUGCGUCGGAAGCUAUGGAGCUCAGGCAGCAGGGUGCCAUCGAGGCGUCCCAAAACCCGCAGAGCUCAGUUACUGCUGACCAGGCCCAGAAAGAGCUUGUCGAGCAGUCCAAAAAUGCUGGCAUCCCUGCCUUCACGUUUGAUCCCGAUGCUAGUCCAGAGCAGAAGAGAGCGCAGGCUCAAGCUGCCAUCCCCCCCGAACUUCAAAGGAGCCGACGCGAAAAAGGUGCUGCCAUUAUUACCGAUGUCGACGAUGGCAAUGGUCCCGACGAAGAGCUGCCCGAGCCGAGUAAAGCUGGUGUCCUUGACGUCGCCACAACCGCCGAUGGAAGCAAGGAUCUGACUGGCAUGGAUCCUGUUGCCCAUGAAGCGCCAUAUUCACGCACUGGUUGGGCCCCGAAAUUUGGCUGGGGAGGCGGCGCAAUCGAGGAGGAGAGUCUCCUCGACCACGCGACCUGGCUCGAGGGCCAUUUGCCUCACACUCUCUACGGAGACUGGUAUCACAAUACUGGCUUAAUCAUCUUCGCAUGCACCGCGUCGUGGCUCGUGGCCGUCUUUGGCGGCGGCCUGGCUUGGGUCAUGAUUGUCAUGGCCAUCUGCGGAACAUACUACCGCACGUCCCUACGACGGGUGCGACGCAACUUCCGCGACGACAUUACCCGAGAACUCGCGCUCAAGAAACUCGAAAACGACAACGAAUCUCUGGAAUGGAUCAACUCGUUCAUGGUCAAGUUUUGGCCCAUUUAUCAGCCUGUUCUUGCGCAGACCAUCAUCAACUCAGUUGACCAGGUUCUCAGCUCCGCCACGCCCGCUUUUCUUGACAGCCUCAAGCUCAAAACGUUCACUCUCGGCUCGAAACCCCCCCGAAUGGAGCAUGUCAGGACCUAUCCCAAGACCGAAGACGACAUCGUCCUCAUGGACUGGAAGUUUAGCUUUACCCCCAACGACACGGCCGACAUGACGGCUCGUCAGGUUAAGAACAAGAUCAACCCCAAAGUCGUGCUCGAAAUUCGCAUCGGAAAGGCCAUGAUAAGCAAGGGUUUGGAUGUCAUUGUGGAAGACAUGUCCUUCUCCGGCAUCAUGAGGCUCAAGAUCAAGCUGCAAAUCCCGUUCCCUCACGUGGAACGAGUCGAGAUGUGUUUCCUGGAGCGCCCCAAGAUUGACUACGUCUGCAAACCUCUCGGCGGCGACAACUUUGGAUUCGACAUCAACUUCAUCCCGGGUCUCGAGAGCUUCAUCCUGGAGCAAAUCCACGGCAACUUGGCACCCAUGAUGUAUGCGCCCAACGUGUUCCCCAUCGAAAUCGCCAAGAUGCUGGCUGGCACCCCGGUCGACCAGGCAGUGGGCGUCCUCGCCCUCACUCUUCAUGGCGCGCAAGGCCUGAAAAACUCGGACAACUUUGCUGGGACCGUCGAUCCGUACGCUUCCAUCAGCUUCAGCCGCCGGCAAGAGCUUGCUCGAACCAAGACCGUCCAGGACAACGCAAACCCCCGGUGGAACGAAACGCACUAUCUCAUCGUCACCUCUUUCAACGACACUCUUGACAUCCAAGUCUUUGACAAGAACGAAUUUCGAAAGUCAAAGGAGCUUGGUGUUGCCACUUUCCGGUUGGAAGAACUCGAGGAGCUCAAUGUUCACGAGAAUGAGCGAUUGGAGGUUAUCGGUGACGGUAAGGCGCGCGGCGUCGUCUCUUGCGACCUGCGCUUCUUCCCCGUCCUCCAGAGCGAAACGCUGCCCGAUGGAAAAGUUGCGCCACCCCCAGACUCCAAUCAGGGCAUCCUCCGCUUCACCGUCGAGCAGGCCAAAGACCUGGACGGCACCCGGAGCCUGGUCGGCCUUCUCAACCCUUAUGCUGUCAUGUUCCUAAACGGCAAAACGGUGCAUCAGACCAAGAAGCUGAAGCGCACCAACAACCCUAUUUGGGACAAUGGCUCCAAGGAGAUUCUCAUCACCGACAGACGCAAGGCAAAACUCGGCGUUACCAUCAAGGACGAUCGAGGUCUGAUCAGCGAUCCCGAUCUGGGGAAAUACCAAAUCAAGCUCGACGAGAUGCUGGACUGCAUGGCUCAGGGCAAGGAAUGGUACCAGCUGUCCGGCGCUCAAAGCGGCCGCGUCAAGAUGAUGGCUCAGUGGAGACCGGUCGCCAUCUCCGGCGUCACCGGCACGGGGGGCUAUUCGACGCCGAUUGGCGUCUUGCGGCUCCAUUUCCAAAAGGCCAACGAUUUGCGAAACUUUGAGUCUUUCGGCAAGUCAGAUCCCUACGUACGGGUGCUUCUGUCUGGAAUCGACAAGGCUCGGACUGUGACGUUCAAGAACGACCUGAACCCUGAAUGGGACGAGGUUCUUUACAUUCCAAUCCACUCUCCUCGCGACCGGCUCACACUGGAGGUGAUGGAUGCCGAGAAGAUGGGCAAGGAUCGAAGCCUGGGCUUGGUGGAACUCUUUGCUGGUGAUUACGUUCACCAAGGCGAGGCGGGAGAGUAUCUGGUGAACCAAGGCAAGGCUAUUCGCACGGAUGGCCUGCGACUCCACGGCAAAGGCAUCGUCAAGGGAACGCUUACCUACACGGUUUCCUUUUACCCUUGUCUCAACGUUGCCGAUCCAGAGGAGGAAGAGGAUGAAGGGUCAGAAAAGAACGAAAAACCUGUCAAGACCGAGAACGGUGGUGCGAAAAAGCCAGAUGACAAGACCAAUGCAGAUUCAGGGCGACCUUCUGUGGACCGGAACUCUCAAGGCAGCAAGAUCAAAGCCGACCUCGACAAGCCUAGGCAGAGCUUUGACAAAAGCAAGGUCAACGGGGAAAGAUCCGAGACUGAAAGCGCAGGCCGCCCAUCGGUCGACAGGAUCGAUAAAGCAAACCCGCCCAAAGUUCGACUGAGCCCCGAGGAGCUUCUCAAGCAUGAGAGCGGUCUGUUGAUUUUUCGCCUUCUGGAAGCGGAACUGCCAGAAAGCCAUAGCCGUCUUGAGAUUUUUGUGGACGACAUGGCGUACGCCUCGUACAUCUCGUCGACGGCGCCGUCCAAGACUCACAAGUUUGACGAGAUUGGUGAUUGCGUCAUUCGCGAGCUCGACUUUUCCCGGCUCACUCUUAAGGCUCGCAAGAAGGGAGAUGACAAGGAUCAGACGUUGGCUCAACUGACCGGAAACACCAUGGAAACGCUGAAGCAAUGCCUGAACAAUCCAACAAUGUUGAAGUUGAAAACGGACGAGGGCAAGGGCGGCUGGGUCAAGGUCAGCCUCAAGUACAUCCCCAUCAAGAUGGAGUUGGAUCCCAGCGAGAGCAUCAACAACAUGGGCAAGCUCCGGGUUGACGUUUUGGACGCCGAAGACCUGCCGUCGGCCGACCGAAACGGAAAGAGCGAUCCUUACUGCAAGUUUGAGCUCAACGAUCAGGAAGUAUACAAGACCAAAGUCAUCAAGAAGACCCUCAACCCGACGUGGAACGAGUUUUUCGAAGUUGCUGUCCCCUCACGGACCGCGGCCAAGUUCAUUGUCAACGUGUACGACUACGACUUUGCCGACAAGCCCGACUUUUUGGGCGCGACGACGAUCAGGCUCGACUCGCUGGAGCCUUUCAGAGCCAACGAGGCGCGUUACGUUCUCGACGGCAAGUCGGGCAGCAUCCGCCUGCGGUUGCUGUUCCGCCCAGACUAUGUUACGCGCAGCAUCCACGGAACAUCCACCUUUUCCGGCCUCAGCGCGCCCACCAGGAUAGUUACAGGCGUCGCUGGUGCUCCGAUCAAGGGAGGCGUAGCCGUCGCAGGUGCGGUUGGCCACGGCGUGGGCAGGGGUGCGUCCUUCCUGAAGCGCGGGAUUCUCGGCAGCAAGAAGGAGAAGGAGAAUGGGAAUGGCACAUGGCACGACAACGCAGAGAUACCCACCCUGGUGACGCCAAGUGAGGGCGGCACGCUUCCAGAACCUGGCCUGAGGAAGGCCAGCGGCCCUGGCGAUGCGCUGGAUGCCUCCCCCAUGGCAGCUGCACUGCCGAGCGGCUCGCCCGGCCAUGCGCGCACCAAAAGCAUUACCGCUUCGGUUCAUAGCACUGCGCCGGGAGGUGGCCCCAAGGGCUCUGCCACAGUGACCGUGGUGAGCGCCUCUGGCUUCCCCCCCUCGACCGAUCUCUUCAUUGUGCUCUCGCAGCUCUCGCACAAGGAGAAGGUCAUUGGCAAGACCAAGCACUUCAAGGCACCCAGCGGCCAAUGGAAGUUUGACGAGACGUUCAAGGUUUCCUGCAGCGCCGACGCGCAGUUCAAGAUUGAGGCAAAGGGCGACCACUUUAUCGGAAGCAGUGACGACCUCGGAGAGCACAUCUACUUUGUGGACGAGACGGGAUCCGGCGCGGCCAAGGAACUCAAGGUCGGAAACGGCACAGUGACAAUCAAGAGCACCUUCCAGCCAGCAGAACUGGACGCGCCCGACACGCCAAGAUCGCACCUGCGACGAAGCUUCCUGAGCAAGCGAGAGACCCGCACCAGCCGAGAAUCGACACCCAACCCUUAG